UAGGUGUGGAGUUUUUGUCGUGCGUCAGAGCUGUGCAGUCAGCCCUCCAGCCUAGCUUGGUUCUUCCAGCUCCUUGCUUGCUUUUCAUCCCCUCUCUUCCUUUGUGCAAUGAGUGUGGGGCCUCUUUUGUGAUGUACGCCCCAGAGUGCAAGGCGGAGGUGACUCCCUCACACGAUGGCAACCGCACCUUCAGCUACACGCUAGAGGACCACACCAAGCAGGCCUUUGGCAUCAUGAACCAACUGCGCCUGAGCCAGCAGCUUUGUGAUGUCACCUUGCGGGUCAAGUACAAAGACACUCCCCCGGCUGACUUCCAGGCCCACAAGGUGGUGUUGGCCUCCUCCAGCCCUGUCUUCAAGGCCAUGUUCACAAAUGGUCUCCGGGAGCAGGGCAUGGAGGUAGUUUCCAUUGAGGGCAUCCACCCCAAAGUCAUGGAGCGCCUCAUUGAGUUUGCCUACACCGCCUCCAUCUCUGUGGGCGAGCACUGUGUGAUCCAUGUCAUGAACGGGGCUGUCAUGUACCAGAUUGACAGUGUGGUCAAAGCCUGUUGUGACUUCCUGGUGCAGCAACUGGACCCCAGCAAUGCCAUUGGCAUUGCCAACUUUGCUGAGCAAAUUGGCUGCACCGAACUGCACCAGCGGGCGCGAGAGUACAUCUACAUGCAUUUUGGGGAGUCUCCCGACGGCAACAUGGACUCCAAUGCUAUUGACUGCUAUAACCCCAUGACCAACAGGUGGUCUCCUUGUACCCCGAUGAGCGUCCCCCGGAACCGCAUUGGUGUGGGGGUGAUCGAUGGCAUGAUCUACGCAGUGGGCGGCUCUUUUGGGAGCAAUCAUCACAACAGCGUGGAGAGGUGA